GUAGCAGCGGACGGUGUAGGCAGUCUGGCUGCGGAGCAGAACCACCUGAGUGUCACUGAUCAUGGAGCCUGGGCCACAGCCAUGAACAACCUGGGCAUCAUGCCUGUGGGCAUCAGUGGACAAUCGCUGGUGUCAGACUCUCUGUGUCUCCAGAGGUUCGAUCCCGGCCUCGGCCUCAUCGCUCCCAUCAACCCCCUGAUGGCGGGCAUCAGCCUGGUCCCGCCCCCCCCCGUACCCCCGGACACGCCGGUUAUCAAAGAGAUUAUUCACUGCAAGAGCUGCACGCUGUUCCCUCAGAACGCCAACUUGCCCCCUCCAUCGAUGCGGGAGCGCCCCCCCGGCUGCAGGACGGUGUUUGUCGGAGGUUUGCCGGAGAACUCCUCGGAGGAGAUGAUCAGGGAGGUGUUCGAGCCGUGUGGAGAGAUCACCGCGCUCCGCAAGAGCAAGAAGAACUUCUGCCACAUCCGCUUCAACGAGGAGUUCAUGGUGGACAAGGCUAUUUACCUUUCAGGGUAUCGGAUGCGUAUCGGAUCCAGCACCGACAAAAAGGACUCCGGGAGGAUCCAUGUGGACUUCGCUCAGGCCAGAGACGAUCUGUAUGAAUGGGAGUGUAACCAGCGGCUGCUGGCCCGAGAGGACAGACACCGCUGGCAGGUCCACGAGGACCGCCUGCGCCCGCCGUCCCCUCCCCCCGUCGUGCACUACUCUGAGCACGAGGCGGCCAUGUUGGCAGAGAGACUGAAAGACGACCAUAACUUCGGCGAGGCCACGACGGUGCUGUUCACGUGGAUCGACCGCGGCGAGGUCAACCGCCGAACGUCCAAUCACUUCUACUCCAUGGUCCAGUCGGCCAACGGCCACGUGCGGCGGCUGAUGAGCGAGAAGGCUCAGCACGAGGAGGAGAUGGAAGUCGCCAAAGAGGUCUUCAAGAAGGCGCUGCUCUCCAUCCUGACUCAGUUCGAGAAGAUCUCAGCUGUUUUCACCGCCACCACGAGGCAAAAGGCGUGGGACCAUUUCUCUAAAGCUCAGCGCAGGAACAUGGACAUUUGGAGAAAGCAGUGUGAGGAGCUGAGAAACGCUCACAGUGAAGAGAUCAUGGGAAUUAGACGAGAGGAGGAGAUGGAGAUGUCCGACGACGAGCUGGACGAGAAUCCCUGUAAGAGGCUCCGCACUCAGGAGAACGGAGUGUGGGAUCAGGCUUCUCUGCGGGAGGAGAACGACUCCCUGCGCUGGCAGCUCGACUCCUACAGGAACGAGGUGGAUCUCCUGAGGAAGGAGCAGACACACAGUCCAGAUGCUCAGAUCCAGCAGCUGCAGCAGAAGAUGCUCAACAUGCAGCAGCAACUCCUCAGCCUGCAGGAGAAGCUGACGAGUAAAGAAGCCGAACUGGAGCAGGCGAGAGACGAGCAUCGUUACCUGGAGGGGGAGGUGCUCCUGCUCCGAGACAAGUUACUGAACAGUCCUGUGGAGGCGCUGGAGGGAGCCAAUCGGGAGCCUCAUGAGAAGGGGAUGAACGGUUGUGUACCAUCACUGUUCCACAGCAGAGACAGGAGGAGUGAUGUCAUCAUGAGGGGAGGAGUCACUUCAGAGAAAGAGGCUCUGCUUCUGGGCAUCAUCUCCACGUUCCUCCACGUUCACCCGUUUGGGGCGAACCUGGAGUAUCUGGUGUCGUACGUCCAGAGACUCGACUCCAAAGUGUCGGCCGGCGAGCUGGAGCGCCUCAUGGUCCGACUGCCCGCCGUGUUCCGUCAGGAGCUGAGCGGAGUCGGAGCCACGCUUGAGAAACGAUGGAAGUUCUGCGGCUUCGACAGCCUCGGUUCAGUGUGACGCAGGCGCAACGUGCACACGCCAGGACAACACGUUAAGAGACACGCGUGACGCCGCGACCCUUUAGUCCGUGUGCGUGUCACACACACAGCGUCGUCAUGGGAAUCAGGAGAAACUUUGAAACUUUAUCAGACUGAACUCAUCAUGUGACCUGCGAACUUCUCUAACCUGAAUCAGGCUCCGCCUUUUCUCUUCUUCAUGUUGAAUCAACACAAACAGAGAAAAGAAGAAACUUAAACCAAAGCUAAUCCUCGUGUGUUUACACCAUGAAACCAGUUUCAAACCAGUUUCAUUCAUCCACACAACAGGAGCUUGUAUUUCUGGGGCUCCGCCCACAAGGACACGCUUUCAUUUUUAAACUGUCGUUAGGGAAAUCGCUCCAGCCUGUGAUCAUGUCCUUGGGUCAUGAAAAUGUAUUUAUAUCAUGAAACUGUGCGAAGACUCACUUUGUCUAAAGUGAGAUCAUUUAAAGACUUUACUCUGGAUAGAAAAAACUUUAGAGUUAAAAGAUGAGCAAACGGUCUGAAGUGUCCGAUCAGGACGAGAGAAGAAGAAGAGAUGAAGCUGAGGAGGAG